CCACACAACAGGUUUGGGAUCAGCGGAAGAGGGCCACUAUGUCACUUUCACAGCAGGUUCUAGUGAAAUUUGAAUACGAAUACACUGCUCGAGAUGGCAGAACGGUGUCCAUCAAACCCAACGAGCACUACACCCUAGUAGCCAAGACCAAUGAAACCUGGUGGCACGUCCAGAGGGAUAAGACAGACAAGCCUUUUUUCAUCCCAGCUAUGUAUGUGACUGAGCUCCCACCUGAGACCAAUCAGACUCCACUGGACCCUCCAGAAGAGUUUAGUGGAUGCGAACCCCUCAAGUCCAGCUCCGAGACCGCUUCUGAUAGUCCUCCCGCCAACAUUAAGCCCACUGAGGUCACGCUUCGAGUCCCUGACUCCAUAAAACGAGACACAGAGAAAGACGGCCAUAGAAUAUCAACAUAUAUUAUUCCAAAGGAAUUCUUCGAACUGAAGGGUUUGGAUCCAGAUCCCAUAAAGGUUGAAGCAGAGGCCGGUCCUGUGCCUGAACUCCAGAUUUAUGACAAUGUUUUUUCCAAGCCUGGUUCUCCAUCUAAUGGGGAAACAUCACCCUCUAUCUUACUGCCACCUGCUUUUACAGAUAACACAACUCAAUCCUCAGAAUCGGAGAUAAAAUCACCUGCGAGUCCAAAAGAGUCGACAGAGAGGCCUCAAGUGGACUCAAAGUCCCUGGAUCAAGAUAUUCAGAUGCUCAUUAGAGCUGGCUGGAGUGAAGACAUGUGGAACCUCAUGGAUAAAGAAAAGAAUGUGUAUGAGAGUAUAGAUACGGUGAGAGAACCAGAAUCCUCAAAAUCUGACGAUAGUAUGACAGUAAAGACACAGAGUCCCACAGUCCCAAGCCCUGUUACACCAGAUAAGCCUCUGGUAGAGGAUGACAGCGCGCUCACAGCGGUGUACGUAAACAUCCCCCGCUUGCGUCGGAGUACCAUUGACGCCUCCAGUCCCAUUGCUCCUCUAUUACAGGACUUUCCGGACACUCCCGAUACCCUCCUUUUGGACUCUGCAGGAUGGGAGGUCCAUACUGACGACCAGAGCGGGAAAGAGUACUACUACCAACCCUCUACGGGCCGAAGCACCUGGGAUUAUCCACUCAGCUACUCCAUGGAUUCGUCAGUGGGGACGGAAGAGGCUCGUUCCCCUCCUUCUUUCCCCCAGUCUCCCACCCGCUCGCCCGUAGACCCUUCUCCUCAGAGGUGGAGCUCGGACUGGGAGAAAGUGCUGGAUGAGAAUUCUGGCAGACAUUACUUCUUUAACUCUGUGUCAGGUCAGAGCUCAUGGGAUCCCCCGGAGGACAUCGGCUCACCAGGGAACGUGAAAUUUCUGGAAGAUUUCCCGCCUCCGCUUCCUGAGGAAGACUACCCAGCAUCACCAGAGCUGGAGGAGGAAGCGUCUCCUCACUCCUUGCCAGCAGAGUAUUCUUUCAUUCAGGUGAAGAAGGUCUCCAUCCCCAGGGUAACUCUGGAUAACAACCCACCGGGAUGGACCCUCAGAGUCGACCCUGAAGGAACUUGGGUCUUCACGAGCGACUACACGCAGGAACAGUGGAUUAAGUCGCUAGACGAUCGAGGACGGACAUACUACUACCUAAGAGACGGCAGCAAGUCCCAGUGGAACUUACCUGAGUAUUCUGGAAAUCCAGGACAGUAUGGAGUGGGAAAUGGAGAGCAGGACACAAUGGGACCGAUGCAAAGCUGGAGACACAGUACAGGAUACCAGGAAGAUAGGAGUCAUUCAUCAUAUCCUCAGAAUACAUCAGACAGUGACGCCUCCAGCUCUCCUGAAAUGCCACAUAAUUUUUUUCAGGUUUCAAACUUGGAAAAGGCUGGGAUCCUGAAUAAAACAAAGGUUUCUGAAAACGGGAAGAAAAUUAGGAAGAACUGGGGUCAUUCCUGGACGGUUCUCCAUGGAGGAAUACUGACAUUCCACAAGGACCCAAAGUCCACGCCAACCGGAGCAUCGAGCAAGACAAAUCACAUAGUCCCAGAAUUCACAGUGGAUCUGAAAGGGGCAACAAUUGGCUGGGCAAACAAGGACAAAUCAAGCAAGAAAAAUGUUUUGGAGCUUAAGAGUCGAAAUGGCGCGGAGUACUUGAUCCAGUACGACACUGAAAGCAUCAUCACUGACUGGUAUAAAGUCAUCGUAGAUACCAUAAGCCAGCUGGAUUUGGAUCACCACCACUCUGAAGAUGAGGAGGAAAUCAGUGAGAAGUCAAGCUUAGACAGAGAGGAAAAACCCUUUGACAAAAGAACUAUGAGCAAUGCGUCUCGACUGCCUUCAUCCAGUUCGACAUCUGAAGCAGAUCAGAAGAAGGUUCGCACCAAACUGAAGAAGUUUCUCCUCAAGCGGCCCACCCUGCAGUCAGUCAAAGACAAGGGAUAUAUCAGAGAAAAUGUAUUCGGAUGCCACUUGCACAAUCUCUGCAGCCAAGAGAAGACGAGAGUGCCCAGCUUUGUGGAGAAAUGCAUCCGAGCAGUAGAGAAAAGAGGUCUGGGGAUCGAUGGACUCUACAGAGUUAGUGGGAAUUUGGCGGUCAUCCAGAAACUGCGUUUCAAAGCAGAUCAUGAGGAUCUGGACCUGGAGGAGGGUAACUGGGAUAUCCAUGUGAUCACAGGAGCACUGAAGCUCUUCUUCAGAGAGCUGCAGGAGCCUCUGUUCCCUUACAAUCUCUUCAAUGAUUUCAUCUGUGGCAUCAAAAUCCCUGAUUAUUACAGUAAAAUAUCACACAUGAGAAAUGUUGUGCGGUCUUUGCCAGCACCCAACCGUGACACGAUGGAGGCCCUUUUCAGCCAUUUACGCAAGGUCAUUCAACAUGGUGAUGAGAACAGAAUGACUGUGCAGAACGUGGCUAUCGUUUUCGGCCCAACGUUACUCAAACCUGAGGUGGAGUCAGCAAACAUCACCACAUACAUGGUCUUCCAGAACCAGAUUGUAGAAUUCUUACUCAAUGAAUUUGAGUCGAUCUUCCACAUGUGAUUGACAUGAACUUGCACUGAAUAAAAAUUAAAUAAACCCUCCAAAUGCUGGAGAUAAUGGGAGAGAUUUUGCAAAACUGAUCUCAGUUCAGUGAGAAAGACAUUAUGUAUCAGCUCUGUGAAGGAAAGCUUCUGACCGGCACAUUUUGCAUAAGGUUAUAAAUAGAGAUGCAACAAAAAUCUAGAAAAGUAGCUUCCAUGAUUAAUAUAUUAAUAUUACUGAAACAGAAUGGUUUUACAUGUGCGGUUUGAAAGGGCAAUACACAUUUUAAAACUGUAUAGUUAAAUGUAGUUUAAAAUAUUUUGAUGUUUCAUUUUAGACUUAAGGUCAGAUCAGUUAAAUAAUAAUUUAGUUUAACUUUGCUUUUCUGUGGUCUUUUGCCUUUCUGUAGAAACACUGAACAUUUUUACCCUGUUCAUCUGCAAUGUGAUAAUAGAUGAAUGAUAUUAAAUUACAAUAUUUUUUAAGUUUAGGUAUCAGUUUUCGUUUUCUUCUUUUUAAACAUGCAUCUGUAACAUAGAACUUUACAAAGAAAAUACUGCAGGCCUGUAAUUGUAAACUGGAAAUGCUAAGUUUAAGACUUGUACAUUGUCAUUAAAGGCACAAUAUUUUAGAUUUUGUGGUACCAAAAUGUAGAAUCUGUGAAAUGGAAUUUGCACAUAGAUUUAGCAUUAAUAUUUUACGAAAAUUGGCGCACUUAUAUAGCUACACUUAUAUAUCAUUGUAAGAUGUUUAAAGGUGUGUGUAUAUAGAAAAGGCAUAUUUAUGCUGUACAUUACCUGAAGUACGCAAGCUUUUAAUAAAGUAACUCUUUUAUAAAUUAA